AUGAAACUGGAUGGAAGAGGCGAUGGUACGAAGAACCGAGGGCAGGAGGCAGCCUCCCAGAGCUGGGGCAAGCACGGGCUCCCUGUGAGGCUGCCGGUGGCUUCCCAGCCACCUUCCGUACCCGACAGUCCCGACAUGUUUUCUCCUCCCAGUCAGUGUUUCUCGGAGAUGGCUGUAAAAGAUGGAAUUAAGUGUUUUCGUAGGAGACUGGUCUAUAGGUGGAAGUAUGACUCCAUUUGCUUGGAAAGCGUGAAGUAUUCCUGCGAGGAACCGAAGGAGGAGAUGAACAGCCAAUGCCCGGGGCUCACCGGCCUGAGGAAUCUGGGCAACACAUGCUACAUGAACGCAAUUUUGCAGUGCCUCUGCAGCGUGCCACCGCUCGUGGAGUAUUUCCUCUCAGGAAAGUUUAAAGAAGCCCUACGCAAGGAGAAUGGCGAGACUGUGACUGCCUUUGGCUGUUUGAUGUCCGAUAUGUGGCUUGGAGAGUCUGACUGUGUUUCCCCGGAGGUUUUUCAUUCAGUCCUUGGGAAGCAGUACCCAACUUUUAGCAAGAGGACUCAGCAGGACGCACAGGAGUUUCUGAUCUGUGUGCUGAACGAGCUCCACGAGGCUCUCAAGAAGUCAAGCAAAAGAAGGUGCGUAACCGAUGCAAAAGCAAGCAGAGGGACUGUCAGUGACACAUCUAUUAUCACACAGUUAUUUGAGGGACAACUCAGUUACGAUAUCACGUGUCUGGAAUGCAAGACCACCACCAACAGACCCGAGAGCUUCACCAUUCUUUCCCUGCCCAUCCCCUCUAAGAGCGCGUGCUCUCUGCAGGACUGUCUCAAAUGCUUCUUUCAGCAAGACACACUGACUUGGAACAACCAAAUCCACUGUUCCUGGUGUGGAACUAAACAAGAUGCUGCAGUAAAGGCCACCCUAAUCAAGGCACCGCAGAUCAUUAUUUUCCACCUAAAGAGGUUUGAAUGGCAAGGCAAACACAAAAGGAAACUCUCAACUGACAUCUGCUAUCCACUCAGCAGUCUGGAUCUCUCUCCUUACAGUUCCCCACCUUGCUGCAAGGACGCCGAGUACAGCCUGUGUGCUGUCGUGAACCACUCUGGUUUUCUGGAUGAUGGCCACUACACGGCGUUCUGCAAGCACUCAGUCACCAAAAACUGGUACAGCUUUGAUGAUGCACAGGUCACCAAGAUCCCAAAUUCCUCAGUGCAGACUGACACAGCUUAUCUCCUAUUCUACACCUGUCAAGGCCCUCUCUGCACCCAUUAA